CCCCGCAAACCCUACGGGGAAAAUUCCAUGCCAUCCUCAAUCGGACCCUAGCGCCGCAGAUCCGAGCGCCCAGCCCCGCCCUCCGAUGGAUCCCGUCGGCGCCGGCGUCGGCUCGUGGGACACGGAGCUCGCGUGGCACCUCCUCACCGUGCUCCUCCGCAUCGGCCGCCCCGCCGCCGCCGCCGAGCUCGCCGCCACCGUGGCGUCGAGGGCGACCUACGUGACGCCGCAGCUCGUCGAGCGGCUGUGCCUCGCGCCGAGGUCCCCGCUGCGCUCCUCCGGCGGCGUGGUGACUGUUUCGGAGACGGCCGCCGUGGCGUUCCUGAGAUUUCUCGGAUGCGAUGUGCCGGCGCGGCCUAUGGCGGGAUUGGGGGCCUCCGAGGGGAGGAGGUGGUGCCCCGUGGUGCAGAUCAGGUACGGGCGCAAGCGGAAGGCCUCAGACGCGGCGCGCUUCGGUGUGAAGAGGCGCCUCCUGUUGGAGACCGAUACAGAUUCGGCAGAUCCCGACCAGCAGCAGUCGCAGCAGCUGAUUGUGCAAUCCUGUUCUUCAGUCGCUACCGGAGAGGUGCAUCUGGAGGUUACGCAAGAUUGGCUUUCUAUCCUGGGCACGUCUGUUGCUGAACCCUCCCUGAAAUUUUCAACUGGGGUUCCUCUUGUUUCCACCGUUGCUAAAAUUAGCACAGCUUGUCUUGGAGUCAGGGAUGGCAACUUUCUCGGGGACAUGACAUCUGCGCUAGGGCUGAAGGACUUGUCAACCCCUUCAUCUGUUGACAUUCCUUUUCCCUGUGCUGAAAAAUCAGAGAACAUACAUGCACCAGCUGAUAAUGAAAUUGGUAGAAUCGGUGAACCUGAAGGACCACUUGCAAUUUGUACCUGCCGAGUAGAGGAUAGUGAGGAUAUAGAAAAAGAGUCUGCCCUCCUUCCUCUGACGCUGGAUAAGACUGUAGUUGGAGACAAAAAAGUUUGGUUUGAUGCGGAUCUAAAUAUUUUUCUGGAAAGACCUCGCUGUCCAUUUCACUCUCGUGAUACACAUGCAGUUGACAAUAUAGUAGGAACAAAUUUUACGCCUGAACAAGAAGCUGUACUAUCUGGCAGCCCAAAUGCUGGAGACUGUGAGGAGAUCCCAUCUUGUGGUCAGGAUGCUAACACUUCUGCAGUAAUUCAGGAGAAAAAGGAAAUACAACUUUUGUCCCAGUCUCCUACUCACACCAAAGCAGAACCUGUAUUACAUGAACUGAUUCAUGAAAUGACAGAAAGUUCAUGUCAACCAUCUCUGGACAUAAAAGUUGAGCCGGCAGCAUUGCCAUUAGAAGCGACGAGCUACGAUGGUGUUAACAAUAGGAACUUGAACAUUAUUGCUGAAAAUGUGGAAAUCACUGAUCAGAAUGGCCAACAGCAGCCACGUAAUGAAGUGAGUGCGGAUUUUCCGAAGGAGCAAGAUGAAAAGAUUGUGAAGCAAAAGAAGCGCAACAAAAAGGAUGCAGUACCCAAAGAAGAUAAAGAUCAAGUUGCAAAAACUGCUCAAAAGGUGGCCAAAAAAGUUGAGCCGGCAGCAUUGCCAUCAGAAGGGAGGAGCUAUGAUGGUAUUAACAACAGGAACUUGAACAUUAUUGCUGUAAAUCUAGAAAUCACAUAUCAGAAUGGCAAAGAGCAGCCACAUAAUGAAGCGAGUACAAAUUUUCCUACGGAGGAAGAUAAAAAUAUUGUGAAGCAAAAGGAGAAGCUCGAGAAAAAUGAUGCACUACCCAAAGAAGAUAAGGAUCAAGUUGCAGAAACUGCUCAAAAGGUGGACAAAAAAGUUGAGCCGGCAGCAUUGCCAUUAGAAGAGAGGAGCUAUGAUGAUAUUAACAAUAUGAACUUGAACAUUAUUGCUGAAAAUAUAGAAAGCACAUAUCAGAAUGGCAAAGAGCAGCCACAUAAUGAAGUGAGUACGAAUUUUCCUAAGGAGCAAGAUAAAAAGAAUAUAAAGCAAAAGGAGAAGCAGAAGAAAAAUGCUGCACUGCCCAAAGAAGAUAAGGAUCAAGUUGCAGAAACUUCUCAAAAGGGCCAGUCAGAGCCAAACCCACUGCCUAGCUUCAAACAUUUUGUUGUAGAAGAGGAAGAAGGGUCAGGAGGUUAUGGUAUCGUUUAUAGGGCUCGAAGGAAAGAAGAUGGAAGAUUAUUUGCCAUAAAAUGCCCUCGAGGAAAAGCUCAUGCACAUCAUGUUGACAAUGAACGGAAGAUGCUGGAACGAUUCGGAGGCAAGCACUUUGUGAUUAAAUUUGAAGGCUGUUUUAGGAGUGGUGAACUGGAUUGCUUUGUUCUACAACACGUAAAGCAUGACAGACCGGAGAAUCUGAAAAAAGAAAUAAAUUUGUUUGAGUUGCAGUGGUAUGGGUAUUGUCUGUUCAAAGCUCUUUCAAGCUUACAUAAACAGGGAAUAGUGCACAGAGAUGUGAAACCUGGAAACUUCCUCUUCUCUCGUGACCAGACAAAGGGAUAUCUUAUUGACUUCAACUUGGCAAAUGAUCUUCACCAAAAGUUCACGAGGCUCAGUAAGUCGGAGGCAAUUUCACGCGGGAAGGAUAUCACAUCUCAAUCUUCAUUGAAGUCUGCUCUAGUGAUUCAUGACAAUGAAGCAGCAGCUGGCUCAAAACAACCUCUUGGGUCCAAGAGGAAAAGAUCAAAUAAAAUCCCUGGGUGCAGCGACCCUAGGGUUGAUAAUAAGAGUAUGUACGGGAGCCAAGCUGCUGAUGGAUCUGGUGUAACCUCUGCCAAAGAUGCUACAAGCACGAAAGCAUCAUUGGACAGGUUAAAGCAGCCCCUUUACAAAGGGCGGAAAGAGCUAAUGAACUACUUGAAUGGGGUGGAAAGUCCAAACCAAAAUACACCAGCAGCUCCAGUUUCCCAAAGGAAGAGGGUUGCUGCUCCUGUUGGUAGUGUGGAUCAGAAGUUAUUUCGACUCACACCAAUGCCCCUGCGUUCUGGUGGUAGUGCUGUUGCCGGUUCUGGCUUGUUUAACAGCAAAGGACAUGGAAAACAGCGAAGAGAAGGUCCUUGUGUUGGAACUAAAGGAUUCCGAGCUCCAGAGGUUCUUCUGAGAUCUUCUCAUCAGGGUUGUAAAGUCGAUGUCUGGUCUGCUGGAGUGACACUCCUGUAUUUGAUAACUGGCAAAACACCUUUUGGUGGAGACCCGGAACAGAACAUGAAGGAUAUAGUGAAGCUCAGAGGCAGCGAAGAAUUAUGGGAAGUAGCAAAAUUGCACAACUGUGAAUCUUCAUACCCAUCGGAGUUAUUUGAGGCCAAAUUUCUACGGUCGGUGGAUCUCAAGACAUGGUGCUUUGCCAACGCCCGCAGGCCGGAGUUCCUCAUGCAGUUACCUAACUCGCUGUUCGAUCUCGUGGACAAGUGCUUGGCAGUUAACCCGAGGUGCAGGAUCACUUCAGAGGAUGCUCUGUCGCACGGGUUCUUCACUCCAUGCCAUGAAAGCCUUAGCAAGCAGAAGAGUAAGUCUCUUAAGAUUAGAGGGUUAGCAGGAGAAGCUUCUCAACUUCCUCCUUGCUCGCCACGAGAUACCAUAGCUAAGGCGAGCAAGUCGUAUAUAAUGCAGUUAUGUGCUUAUUAUGUUCUGUUCUGCAAAGAGCGCCCCUGCGGUUCUUGGUCAUCCCAAUCUCUCGCCGCUCCCAAAUCUUCUCCUCGCCGCUCCAACCGCUACGCAAUGUCGUCGUCCUCUCGCAAGAUCGCCGCGACGAACGGCUUCGGUCGCGGCAGCCUCACCGUGCCGGAGGCAUGGGCGCUGUACCGCGCGGGAUAUCCCGUCCCGCCGUACAUGAGCCUGGCAAGCAGUGGCAGAUGGAGGAUGGUCGUCAAUGGCAUAGGCAUCCCGCUGCCGCCUGGCACGGAGCGUUGGAGGGACUCCAUCAGGGCCCGCCGGUCUGCACUCACCGCCGACGAGCGGGCCGAUCCGACCUGGGCGGCCACCGACAAAGACGCCUGGUGGGUCGCCUACUUCCAGGCGCAGUACGACAUGGAGAUGAACAGCACCACCGGCCUCGUCGGCCGGCCGAACAACUGGAACAAGGAUAGGCGCGUCCUGUUCUGGGGCGUUCCAGGGCGCACCCUGGAGAACGUCAUCGACGACAUCCACAACGGGCCGGCCCGAUCGAUGUCGUCCUCAUCGCACCGCUCCGCGCCCUACACCGUCCCCAAGCGCGAGGUGAAGGAGGAGCCAGAGUUCGCGACGACGCCCGUCAAUUCGAGGCGCGGCGGCAGCCGGCAGCAGCAAAGGCGCGGCAGCGGAGCCCUCCUCAUCCCGAAGCCGGAGGUGAAGGAGGAGCAGGACGACGAGGCAAUAGCGAAGGCGGCGGUGCUGGCGAAGUACGAGCGGCAGCUGCGGCUCAUCGCGAGCAGCGACGACGUCGAGGACUGCCUAGGGCUGCGAGCGCCGAACCAACAAGGCAAAGGAGGACUUGGAGAACGAAAAAAAAAACGAACACCAACCAACCAAAGCAAGCAACCGGGAGAGGGCGGGGUGAAGCUUCUGGGUCACGCCGCCACAAAAGGCAACGGAAAGCCCCGCCCCGCAUCGAUGCCUCCCCUCCUCCCCUCACCCGCCUCCCUCUCCCUCUCCACCUCCCCUCUCCUCCUCGCCUCCCGCCUCGGCGGCGGCGCCGCCGCCCUCCGCCCCACCACCACCACCUCCUCCUCCCGCCUCACCCGCUUCCUCGCCCCCACCCGAACCGCCGCACCGAACAACACCGGGUUCGCGGCGAUGAGCUGGCUCGGGAAGCUGGGCCUGGGCGGCGGGGGCAGCCCGCGGGCCUCGGAGGCGUCGGCGGCGCUGGCGCAGGGGCCCGACGAGGACAAGCCGGCGCCCGGGAACGAGUUCGCCCAGUUCGGGGCGGGGUGCUUCUGGGGCGUCGAGCUGGUGUUCCAGCGCGUGCCCGGGGUCACCCGCACCGAGGUCGGCUACAGCCAGGGCAACCUCCACGACCCCACCUACGAGGACGUCUGCACCGGCGCCACCGGCCACAACGAGGUCGUCCGCGUCCAGUACGACCCCGCCGCCUGCAACUUCGACGACAUCCUCGACGCCUUCUGGGCCAAGCACGACCCCACCACGCCCAAUCGCCAGGGGGGUGAUGUCGGGACCCAGUACAGGUCAGGAAUCUACUACUACACCCCGGAGCAGGAGAAGGCAGCGCUGGAGUCCAUGGAGAGGCAGCAGAAGGUCCUGAACCGGAAGAUAGUCACUGAGAUCCUCCCUGCGAAGAGGUUCUACAGGGCGGAGGAGUACCACCAGCAGUACCUGGAGAAGGGCGGUCGCUUCGGCUUCAGGCAAUCUGCACAGAAGGGCUGCAACGACCCCAUCCGCUGCUACGGAUGAACGAGCAUGUCGACCACCAAGCAAACAGGCACAGACAGCACAUUAUAGUUGAGAGCACUGCCUGAAUAAGAUUGGGUCACAUCUGAAUUUCACUACAGUUUUCUUAGCUUAAUCCAAGGAUUGUAACAGAGAAGCUAUUACCACUGUACUUAGUGUUGGGUACCAUCGUGCUUAGUGAUAAAUUGUGGUUUCGAGCGGUAUA